CGUGUAAACUACAUUCGCUUAGACCUGAGAAGUGUGUGCAGAGCCAUCACUGGGACGACAAGCGAAUUCACCCGAUACUACCUGGAUUUAUGCUGUUUCUCGCAAGAAGUUUGCGUACUUUAAGGAGAAAUACCAUACCAACCGUGGUUACGUUAGAGCAUCGGCAAGGAGGCCUUUAAGCGGCUGAAGCGACUCGUUUCUGCGCAGGAGUUUUUGUUUUUUUUCCCUCUACUUCUUCUCACCAAGAGCUGUUUUUUUUUUCUUCUCGCUCUGACUCUUCAUUGCUCAUCCCAUCUGCUCGCGGACUCCCGCCAAGGCCCGCUACAUAACAAGAGAUUCAUCUGUUUGCGCUGCUCCGAGUGACACUUUGGAGGCUUUCGGAGCUUCUCUGCCCUCAGAGGGCCCAAAGCAAGAUAAAGCUUUUUUUUUCUUUUUUUAAUUCUUUAAACCUUUUGUUUUUCUCUAAGCCACCAGCUAUGGUUCACUCGUGUGCGCAUAGCAGUCCCACCUAAUUCUGAGUCGCUCCAGUUGAGCUGUACCACCCCAUCCCACACUAGCAUGAGUUAUGACAGCUCCACAUCAUUGCCCAUCAGCAGCUGUCGGGGCCGAGCGGCGGGGGCCUGCGACAAGGACCUUAAGGCCGACACGGCAGAGGUGAGCGAGCAGAAAAGCGCCCGCGGGCACGCCCUCUCCAAUGUCGGCGGCCCGGAGCAGGGAAGCGCCCCCAGGGGGGUUUCCAGAAGCCUGUCCGGAGACCAGGGGGGGCCUCACUCGGACGACAUGGACGGCGUGUCCAGCGGGAACGACUCCGGGGAGAGGGAGAGCGAGGGCCGGACGGCGAGCGACGGAGGGGCGUCGUGCGGACGCCAGUCGGCGCCCAGCUCCCACAGCCACAGCUCCUCCAACGGCAAGGACUCCGGCAUGAUCCUGGAGACCACCGACAGCAACAAGAGCUCCAACUUCCAGAGCCUCUCCCCUCCCAACGGCUCGCUGGCCUACAGCCUGCUGUCCACCAGCUCCGAGCACAACCCCCCGUCCACCUCCGGCUGGAGCAGCGACCAGUCGGCCCGGCUGCAGACGCAGAAGGAGCUGAUGAAGGCCAUCAAGGAGCUGAAGCUGCGGCUGCCGGCUGAGCGCAAAGCCAAGGGUCACUCCAGCACCCUGAGCGCCCUCAAGUACGCGCUCCAGUGCGUCCGACAGGUCCGAGCCAACAAAGAGUACUACCAUCAGUGGAGCGUGGAGGAGUGUCACGGCUGCAGUCUGGAUUUGUCGGCCUUCACAAUCGAGGAGCUCGACAACAUCACUUCAGAAUACACCCUCAAAAACACCGACACUUUCUCUAUGGCCGUGUCAUUCCUGACCGGCACGGUCGUGUACGUGUCCCCCCAGUGUUCGUCCCUGCUGCGCUGCGCGCCGGAGUGCCUCCAGGGGACCGUGUUUUCGGAGCUUCUCGCUCCGCAGGACGUCAGCACCUUCUACAGCGGCACGGCCCCCUGCCGCCUGCCGCCCUGGGCCUCCUGCAUCGGCUCAGCUUCUCCGCCCGUCGACUGCAACCAGGAGAAAUCCAUGUUCUGCCGGAUCAGCGCCAAUCGGGCACAGGGGGGCGAGAUUCGCUACCACCCGUUCCGCCUGACGCCCUACCAGCUUACCCUCAGAGACUCAGACGCUGCAGAGCCGCAGCCCUGCUGCCUGCUCAUCGCCGAGAAGGUCCACUCCGGAUAUGAAGCUCCCCGUAUCCCUCCAGACAAGAGGAUCUUCACCACCAGCCACACUCCCAACUGCCUCUUCCAGGAAGUCGAUGAGAGGGCGGUGCCACUUUUGGGCUACCUGCCUCAGGAUCUGGUGGGGACCCCCAUCCUGCUCCACAUCCACCCAGAGGACAGGCCAACGAUGGUUGCCAUUCAUGAGAAAAUCUUUCAGUUCGCAGGACAGCCGUUCGACUACUCGCCCCUGCGGAUGUGCGCCCGCAGCGGAGAAUACGUGACCAUCGACACCAGCUGGUCCUCCUUCGUCAAUCCCUGGAGCAGGAAGGUGGCGUUUGUUGUCGGACGGCACAAAGUCAGAACGGGCCCGCUGAACGAGGACGUGUUCACCGCGCCGAUGGCCGGCGAGAGUCGGGUGACCACGCCCGACGUGGUCCAGCUGAGCGAGCAGAUCCACCGGGUGCUGGUUCAGCCGGUUCACAGCGGCAGCUCACAGGGCUACAGCUCUCUGGGCUCCAGCGGCUCCCGGGGCUCCCGACGCUCCCACCAGCAGCACCCCAGUGCCUCGGCCGCGUCCUCCAGCGACAGCAACGGCCCCGCCAUGGACGAAGUCGCCAUUGCAGCUACGCACAAACCGAUGACGUUUCAGCAAAUCUGCAAGGACGUCCACAUGGUGAAGACCAACGGCCAGCAGGUUUUCAUCGAGUCCCGCAACCGACCCCCGCCUAGAAAAAACAGCAGCCCAGGUGCGGCGGGCGUAAGGAGCGCGAACAGUGAUCCGAUCAGAAGUUUGAUAGAGGACAUGACCCAGCCCCCCCGCUCCUUGGUCCCUGCAGCUCUCCUGCAGAAGGAGCCGGCGACGGGCUACUCCUACCAGCAGAUCAACUGUCUGGACAGCAUCAUCAGGUACCUGGAGAGCUGCAACAUUCCUAACACGGUGAAAAGGAAGUGCGGCUCCUCCUCCUGCACCGCCUCGUCCACGUCGGACGACGACAAGCAGCUGGACGCCGCCGGCAACAGCAAAGGUGGUUCAGUUAACCUCGUAGGUGAACCACCUCCUCUGCCUCCCCUGACCAUGGCUUCGAAGGCAGAGAGUGUAGCCUCAGUUACGUCUCAGUGUAGCUUCAGCAGCACCAUCGUCCAUGUAGGAGACAAGAAACCUCCCGAGUCAGACAUCGUAAUGGAAGAUGCUCCUGCAACACCAACCCCGGUCGCUCCCGCCCCAAAACCUCCCAUUACCAUGACUUUGGCUCCACUGGGCCCAACAGCUCCUAUUAAUGCAGCCGCAGCCACUUCCCCCUUCCCGCCGCCUCCCCCUCCUCCUCACCCUCAGCCCAGUCAGCCGGAGAGAGACGGCUGGAGGAGCGGAGGCGGGGCUCCCGGCCGGGUGGGUCUGACCAAGGAGGUGCUGUCGGCCCACACCCAGCAGGAGGAGCAGGCGUUCCUCGAUCGCUUCAACGACCUGAGUAAGCUGCGGGUCCUCGAUCAGACGGCGUCUCUGACGACGCGCGCCGCCUCCCCUGCUGCUCCGUCACGAGGGGUUCGCUGCUCUCGGGAUUACCCGGCAGCUGCAGGCCGCGCCGGUCACCGCCGCGGCCGUGGAGGUAAGAGACUCAAACACCAGGAGUCGUCAGAGCAACUCGGCUCUCUGCCUGUGAAUCGUGAGGACCCUAGAGCAAACCCAGCCCCCGCCCCCCUAAACGUGCCCCUCGGACCCCCAACGAACUCCCCUUCAUGGCCCUCUGUGGGCUCCCAGGCCAGCAUCCCCGCCACUUCCUUCCCCCCUGGUAUGCUUCCGAUAUACCCCAUCUACCCGCAGCUCGCCCAGCCGCUACCCAUUCACGAUCCAACACGUUUCCCCCCCACCCAGAUGGUACCUCCCAUGAUGGCUUUUGUUAUGCCCAACUACAUGUUCCCCCAAAUGGGGCUGCCCAUAUCUCAGCCUGGCGCUGCCCCAGGACCUUUCUACAACCCCAACUACUGUUUCCCCGGGGUGCCCCCUCCCCCUGUCCCCUCUCUCUACAACUCCAUGCCCAUGGCGGGGACCCUCGCCCCGUCCCGCAGCAGCACCCCACAGUCCUUCACUCAGGCGCCCCCUGAGCGCGAGGGGGCUGAAUCCCCCCUCUUCCAGUCGAGAUGCUCCUCCCCCCUCAACCUGCUGCAGCUGGAGGAGUCGCCGAGCAACCGGUUAGAGGUCGCCACGGCGUUGGCAGCAUCACAGCAAGCCCCCGUCUCUGCGCAGGGUGCAGCCGCUGGGGGGCCAAACCCGGCCAAUCAGAUGAGCUCAGACGAUCCCUCCAAGGAAAAUGAGAACGUCGAAGCCGUCGAGUCCAACCAGGACGCCAUGUCCACCUCCAGCGACCUGCUGGACCUGCUGCUUCAGGAAGACUCUCGCUCGGGCACCGGCUCGGCCGCCUCCGGUUCCGGGUCCUCGGGCACGCGGUCCUCAGGAUCGGGCUCCGGGUCCAACGGCUGCAGCUCCUCAGGGACCAGCGGCACCUGCAGCAGCCAGGGCAGCCACACCAGCAAGUACUUUGGCAGCAUCGACUCCUCUGAGAAUGACCACUCCCGUAAACAGCCAGCAGGGGGCAGCAGCAGCGCAGGAGGAGACGGAGGGGAGGAUCAGUUCAUCAAGUGUGUGCUGCAGGACCCCAUCUGGCUGCUGAUGGCCAACACCGACGACAAGGUCAUGAUGACGUACCAGCUGCCCGUCAGGGACAUGGAGACGGUGCUGCAGGAGGACCGUGAAGCUCUGAGGAACAUGCAGAAGCACCAGCCUCGCUUCACGGAAGAGCAGAAAAAGGAGCUGAGCCAGGUCCACCCCUGGAUCCGUACGGGGCGCCUGCCCCGCUCCAUCAACAUCCCCGGCUGCGCCGGGUGCAAGUGUCCCCCCUCUGUACCUCCCGCCACCCCCUUCGACGUGGAGAUCCAUGACAUGGAGCUGUGCACCGUGCUGAAAACCCGGGACGAGCGCGCCAGCAAAGACGGGAAGACUCUGGCAGAGACGACCAUGGACGACGUUCAGGCAGAGGACGAAGACGAGGAGGAGGAGGAGGCACAAAUGAAAGACGCCAAAACGCAAGAAAACGCCGAAGACAUGACGCAGGAGAAGGAGAGAGCGUCAGCAGAAACAGUGGAGGACGACGCAGAGACUUAAAAUAAAAACGAAACUCACUUUGACAUUUAUCAGGACGUCUCUGCUGCUCUGCAGAAACGAAAAACACACGCACCUUCCUUCCAGGACGUUCAGAGCUGGUCGCUCUUCUGGUACAUCAAGGUGCAGAGAGAUCCACACGACUGCCACGUGUUGCCGGGCAGGUCAGACCGGCCCGUGAUCACAGGACAUCAGGCGUGCGGUCUGUGGCUGCAGGAGAAAUGCCUUGAAAACCUCCGGAUAUUCCCACUCAGUUUUAGAGAGUGACCUUUUUAGUUUCUUCUUCCCUUCUGUUUGACCUCUGUUCCUGUGGGCAUAUUUAUUGAAGCUGUAAAGUUCUCAAGAGGACUGAGCGCGAAUGUGUUAGAAAUAAAGACGGUUUCCUCUGCGACUUUCCAUCACAUUGAAUGUUUGUAGAAACCCUAAUUCUUUUUAUAUAUAUAUAUACUUUAUAUAUUUUUGUACUUUAAACACCUGCAGAUACAGAAGAUAAAAUGCCCACAAAAUUAUCAUUUGCGAUGUAAAAAGAAAAUGUAUGGAGAGGAAAAAAAAAAAAAGUUGUGAAUUCCUGUCAGAAAAAAAAAAGCUAUUUUUACCCCAACAGUCGAGCACUUUUGUUUGAUCUAUGCUGGUGCGGCCCGGUGGCAAUCACCAGGAAAAAAAUAACUGACUGGCACUUUAACCGACUCUUCACUUCGAGAUUACACGUGGACGACGAUGCUGCUAUGACAAGACAGUAUUUGCCUAAGUGGUCAUCACUUUUCAGCUUACGUGUUGAGUGCUAUGCUCGUGGCUUUAAGUGGGUUUUCAGAGAUCGAUGCUUUUCUUUAUCAACACCCUGACGGGUUUUUUUUUUUCCUCCUAUUUUCUAUUCACUUCUUCGCUCUCUCUCUCUCUGUGGUGCUCUUCUGGUCAUGUGAUAUCCUACUCUUCACGACGUCGGUGGCAUCUGCAGCAGUUGCUUAAACAUUUUGUGAAGUUCUUUGUACAAAAACAAAACAAUAAAAUCACGUCAAAUGUCCUCAAA